AUGGGCGAUAAGGAUUUGGACAUCUUGCGGCCACUCAGCGAUAUCGAAGUGGAUGAGCUGAUGGCGCUCUAUAAGGCGAAAUAUGGAGAGCUUAACUUUCACUAUCUAUUAAUGUACAAUCAGCGUAAAUGGGAUCGCCAGCUUGAGGCAGCAGGCGUUCCCCUAACCGAUCUCAAAUACAUUUCGUUGCGCAAACGUUUCUACACGCACCGAGCUGGCGAUUUCAGGCAGUACGGCACGUAUGUGAGCCUGCAUGAGGAUGUAGUGCAGAGCGUCUCCUUCUACAGCUGGCAAACAGGUGGCGUGGAGCUGUUCGCCUGCCUGGAGCAGACCCGGCUUAUUCAAUGGGCGAACGGUGCGCUGCUUACCAAUGUCGACCUGGACUUUUGCGAACGCGUCAAAGAGCUGGCCCUGAAGAAGGGCGCAACGGGAAUACAGGCACGCCAGUGCUACGGCAUGGUAUUGCCCCAUGCCGAGGCCAAAGUGGUCACAGUGCCCGAGUUGCUAACGGACUUCGAGCUGCGCCAGCUAACGGACGAGGAUGCCGAGAUAGUGCACGGGAUAUGGCCCAACAAGGGCGAAGGAUCACUAGCAUACAUCCGUGCACUGAUCAAGUUCAAUCGAACCGUGGGUGUCUGUCGCAGUGACACAGGCGAAUUGAUUGCCUGGAUAUUCCAGAAUGACUUCUCUGGCCUCGGUAUGCUACAGGUGCUGCCCAAGGCGGAGCGCCGUGGCCUUGGCGGGCUGCUGGCUGCCGUUAUGAGCAAAUUGAUUGCCAAAAAGGAGGAGGUGACGCUAACCGCGUGGAUUGUAUCCAACAAUUGGCGGUCGGAGGCGCUGCUCAAACGCAUUGGCUACAAAAAGGCAGUUGUGAACGAGUGGAUAAAGCUGCUGCCCGCCUAGCCGGCGCAUCCUAGAUUUGGAUUUGGAUUGGGAUUUGGUUGCGGUAGUGGAUAAACACUGGGCCGGUUCCAAGUGAAGGCCAAAACUGACUGGUUUACAUAGUACGCAGUAAAACGUAGUAGAUACAUGUGUUUAUUGCCUAUGUACACGGUCAACAAUUUUGAAUACGCACGCAUUUCGCAUUUCGAUUUUGUAAAUACAUACAUACAUACAAUUUUAA